CGUCUUGCUAUCGCCUUUCAACUCUUGCUUUCGAUGUUAUCUAUUCGAGGCUUGUUGAUUUACAAUACUAUCCACAUCUGUGUUCAAUCUUGGCUAUUUCUCAACGCAAUAUCUACUGGCCGACAUCGACAAACUGAACAUUACCUGGCAACGUAGUGGUGAAUGCCCCCAUCUCGGAAAGCUCAAAUUUCGAAACAUCUCGAAGACCUACGGGAGAAAGACAAACAGAUCGUUGAGCUCGAAUCGCGAUUAGAAGCCCAAGCAGCCAAGUCAUCCCUGCUGCAGGAACGCCUCGCGGCUACCCUGGACGCCAUGGAUGCUCUUCAGCAAACAUAUGAAAGUGAACUAAGUGCUGAGAGACAAGCGAAGGAGAAGGCGCGCGAAAAGUUGCAACGGUUCAUGGAGUAUGCUUCAUCUAUCGAGCGUGAGAGGGACGAAUGUCGGGAGGCAUUGUUAGCUGUGGUGGAGAAAGUAGAGGAAUACGCCGAUCUUUUAACUUGGCACAACAGUCUUAUCAGAGCCCCUUCCUUACUGGAACCCAUAGAACUCAGCAGAGGGCUCGCUGAGCCCGACGUCGAAGCAGACCCGAAAUUAAUCGUGGCUACCCUCCGCGCGGAGCUUGAGAGGGAACGGGUUUCACACGAACGGACGCACAAACACGUUGAAGAAGAGAUUUUAUCGCUGCGGGUGCGGCUGACUCGAUGUGAAGCUGAGUUAGAGGCUUGUGCAGUUCAUCAGGAUCACGCUGUUCUGCUAGCUUCCUCUGCCGGUGCAGACAUGGCACAGAUUUCACCUUCACAGAAAGUCGAGGCGAACGUCGAAUCGGGUCCUGCUCUUUCUCCCAAGGCUGCCUUCGAAGUUCUGGAGCUGAGAGCUGCCGGGAACAAAGCGCUGGAGAUGGAAUUCAUGAAUCUCUCCGCGAAGUUUCAACACGUACGCCAAGCAUCCGGGCCAGUCCGCACUGUCGCGACUCCUACCAUCCAUAAUCCACUAAAAUCGCCCGACCUUCGACCCUGCUCUCCAGAUGAUGUUCUCUCUCCGUAUACUAUGACUCCCCGACAUCCCUCUACCCCUCGCGCGGGCAAGAGUGCUUCGCAUCUGCGUCUCAGUCAUGCGGCCGAGGCGACCGACAGCCCUGCAAAGAUAGUAUCGACGGAGAUGGAGAAGUUCGAAGAGGAAGUGUGGGUCCUCGCUGAGGGGGUUGACAAUUUCGAGGAACAGCGCCGGCUCACGCGGAAGAGCAUCGAGGACAACUCCCUUGGCUCUGCUGUCGCUUCCUCUUCGACAGCACCGCGCAAUGUCGGGUAUGACACUUCGUCUUCGCAGAACACGGCCGUCCAGGGCGCACCGAGCCCGCCGAAAGCUGACGAAGCCGACGUCACGGCAGCUCUCCGCAUUGAGCUGGAGCAGGUCCGCAUCAAGGCUGCGCGGCGUGAGGCCGAGCUGCUCGAAGAGAUCACCAGGCUGCAGGAGGCGUUAUCGAGUAUUCCCCAGUCUUCUACACCGGCUAUUGGCGACUUCCUCGACGACGACGGUGUCGAGCAGCCCUUGUACCUCGCAAUGCCGCUUGCGCCCACGACGGUCCUCUGGGGAUCAGGGGAUAAGGAGAUCAUCACUAUCACGAACCAAGCUAUGGAAGCACAAAUGAGAACCGCCCUUGGGACUGCCACUGAACCCGAGACAGAUGCUGAGGACCAGGUCAUCGACGACUCCCAGUCCGCCGAGACAUCUGCCGCUGGCGUACAACCUCGGGAGGGCGCUCUUAGUCCCCUUUUUACCCGCCCUGACGCCGACACCGCUAUUGAUGAGGACGAGGACAUGUCCUUACGGGUCCCUCUUCCCCCGUCCCCGGAUGAUAGUGGAGAAGCAUUCGUCCGUUCGCAGUCCAAUGCGUUACGUCAUAGGCCACCUACGCCGUACGCCUCACCAGAUGUAUCGCUCAUGGACGCCGGGGCAACAGCUGAUGAGUCUGACGGAGAAAGUGCGCUGCUCCUUGCCGCGAAAGGGUGGGACUGCACCUGCGUGGAGCGCCUGGACAUUCUGGAGCGCGAGGUCGAGGAGACGAAACAAACGGUGGCACAGCGCGACGAAGAGAUCGUCGAGCUUCGACGGCAGGUGCACGAGCUCCGUAUGGUUGCGUUAGGACGAUAAUCGGAGAUAUACCAAAUUGUGUGCCUGCAAAGCACUGAAAUUUAUAUUCAUCUUACCGCUCAAUCGUUGGAAACGU